CAGUUUAGUUUUUCGCUCCAGUUACAUCCAGAAGUCGAAAAUGGACUCUGCUGCCACACCGAUGCUGCUUCAGCCGCCACGAAUCUACCCACUAAGCACGCUUGAUGAAUUAUUGCAAUGGAAGUGCCCGCGCAUGCCAUGGGAAGGAGCGACUACGGACGAUGAAGCCGAGUUGCGAGCACCCAAUCCCAAUCCCAAUCCCGAUCCAGCGAACGCGGCCACUCUGGCAAACCACAAGAAGGCAGACGCAUGGCAUCGUGCUUGGGUUUGCUAUGCCGCAGAGAGCACGUGGGACGCUCCGUCGACGACUGCGGGCGACGUGGACGGAUUGCGGCCAAAACGCAAUGCAAGUCCACCCGCGCGCCGUUCGCUGCUGGUCUGCCACGACAUGAUGGGAGGAUACCUCGAUAGUGAUGCGCUGGUCCAAGGCCAGCCACGCAGCGCUGUUCGGAACCUUAACGAGCCCAGCUACAACAUGGUGCAUUGGCAGACAGUCGACCAAUUUGUCUACUUUUCGCACCAUCUCGUCACCAUUCCGCCGCCUGGCUGGACGAAUGCUGCUCACAAGCAUGGCGUCCAAGUCCUGGGCACGUUCAUCACCGAGUGGGGCGAUGGGGCAAAGCUGUGCAAGACCAUGCUGGCCAAUCGCGACGUGAUGGUGCAGGCGGCCAACAACCUCGCUGCCAUCGCCCAGUUCCAUGGCUUUGAUGGCUGGCUCGUCAAUAUCGAAAACCCCAUUGCCGAGCAGGACAUUCCGAUGCUCGUGGACUUUGUGACCCACCUCAAGAUUGCUGUAAAGCGCGUCCUUCCCAGCGCUGUCGUCAUGUGGUACGAUUCCGUCACCACCGACGGGCACUUGUCCUGGCAAAACGCCCUCAACCGGAACAACAAGGUGUUUUUCGAUGCUGCAGAUAGCAUCUUUCUCAACUAUGGCUGGACGCUUCGCGGUCUGCGGGAAUCUUCAUCCGCGGCUGCCGGCUCGAGCAACUCUUCCCCGCAUGACGUAUUUGUGGGCGUGGAUGUCUUUGGGCGCGGCUGCCGUGGUGGAGGCGGCUUCAAUGUGACAGAAGCCUUGGAGGUCAUCCGGGAGCACAACCUCUCUGCUGCCGUAUUCGCACCGGGCUGGGUCUAUGAAAACCUCGACAAGGCGAAGCUUUGCGAGCACCAGCAUCGAUUCUGGGCAAGUGUGGCUGCUGCGCAUGGCGAGCCACUCCGACCAAUCUCGGCGCUUCCGUUUCUGAGCACCUUUGACAACGGCCACGCAGAUCCCUUGGCAGUCCAAGAACCACACCACACUCACGCCGCACCUUACAUGCAUCUCAGUGCUCAGACCGUUCAGCCAUCCUUCCUUCCGUUGGUGUUUUCUCAUGGCGCCAAGGAGUCUCCCAACGUGACCAAGGCGCUUCAGCUUGCCGCGAGACAGAUGGGCGAGCCUUGGGGAGUAGACGCAAGUGAAUGGCUCGCGAGUGUUGCGCAUCCAGAUGUGCUUCAAUCUGCCUUUCAGAGCUGCAGGCCAUUUGAUGGUAUCUCGGGCGGUCUUCAAAUCUGUGGCACGUUGCAUGCAGCUCGUAUUGAACGGCCAGCGACAGGCACGGAAACGCUGGACGUUCACUUCUUCUUGCGCGAUCAUUCGCGCACACUCCGCCUGUUCAAGACUGACUUCAACAUGGAGCUUGAAUUGACUGUUGGCGUCGCCAUCGCGGGAACCUUGGAGCAGCUCGACGUCUACCUCCAGCUCUUGACCGACUCCAGCGUGCAAAGCCGGUAUCUUGAUCUCUCGCGCCACUUGGUGCUCAAUGGCCUAGAGGUGCCUGCCGGUGAAACAGUUCAGCUCACGCCCAACUCUGCCAUCACGCAGCCGCGCAAGUCCGCACAGCGGCCAGGUGGCUGGACGUUGCUCGAGUUUGAGCUGGGCGGUGAUACGAUCGGGCGUGUCUGCGAAAUGCGCCUUGUUGUGACCCCACGUUUCAGUCAGCCGUCAGCGUCAGAGGCGUCAUCAUCACUCGCCGCUGUGGAACCAAUCCACUUUCAACUUGGCAUGGUCAACGUCGCUCCAAAAGCCUACCUCUCGCAGGAGAAUGCAGCGUUUGGCCUCGCGCCCGUCCAGCCCGGCGCGUUCCAUUCUUGGAAUGUAUCCCUCGCCAGUCCCCUUCGGGCGACCUCCGAUGCGCUUGGCUUUGAUGUCCAGUGGCAGCCUUCGGCAUGGCUCCUUCAGCGCACUGCAUCCACGCCGCAGCAGCUCGCGCAACUCGUCCACGCCUUUGAAGUGGAAGCUUCAUUCUUUGUUCCCGGCCAGCCCCCAUCAAGCUCGGUCACUCUCGGCCGGGCGUACGCCUGGAAGUUCCGUGUUUCGAAUCUGGCCAUUCCCCGCGGCACGACUCAAGUGCGUGUUACCGUCCGAGGCAUAUCUCGCGUCCUUUCUGAAGCUGGUGCCGGCCAUCUCAUCAUCCUCGUUUAAGUCGGGAUCCAGCCAUUUUUUGGAGGAGAAUGAUUCGAUCUUGCCAUUGUACAGUUACGUUCGAGUUCAUAAGAACGCCCAAAGCAACAAAGAGCAGGCAGGGGCAUUUGCAGUGGCUCACAUCGUGUCGAGUUCAUCAUCUUCCAGUUCAAUCGUUGCUAUUGCAUUGCGUGCUUAUUCCAAUAGUUAUUUAUUUUAUUUUAUUUUGUUUUCUCCCACAAUCCAGU